GUACUCCGCUCGGGGUGGCGGCGUGCGUCCUACUUGCGGUGUUCUCUGGUUUCGCUGUACGGGUGUUCUAUGGCUUUCGCGGUGCUCGCGGCAAACCGAACUUGACCGUCGCAUCACGACCGUCGAAGUUGCGCGUGCUCUUUGUUUUACCGAACAGUCAAGAAGAACCGCUAAGCGCAGACUUCGUCGCGAGCGCGGCGACCACUUGUUGCAGCUUCCGGCGCUCAUUGGGCGCCGCAUUGCAGCGCCGCGACUUCGCGUGUAUUCCGUACGCAACGCACCUGGCCGUGACACACUCACGGUAAGCGCGCCGUUGGAGCUGCCGACUGGUCGCCCCGAGUGGCGGCGAAGCGACUUGCUUCAACCACCUGCCGUACGUACGCCGAUCACCGGCAUUGCACAGCCUUCGCUUCGCAACCGACGCCGAAAAGCACGCGCAGGGAGCGGUUUGUCUCUGCAGCGACCGGGCUCAGCGCCCCGUGUCUGCCGGCUGGAUCGUCGCGUGCGUGUUGGACCCCGCGCGGGGAUAUUUUUAAAAGCCACACCCGCCCCUCCUGCCUCACGGGACGAGGGGCCCCCUUCGCCGGCGGCUUCCUGGUUCUUCCAAGGUCGGUGGCGUUAUAGUCAUGGUGGCGAAGCCGGCAGUGGAUCGGCUGGCUGUUUUGUUCGAAACGCGCUGAACUGAACUGCAAUUGUUCACGUGGUAUGCUGGAACUAUCUCCCUGUCGCCUGUGCCAAGUAUUGCUCGGCUUCGAAACGUGGGCCACGCGUACCAGCUUCCAGUUCUGAAACGGUGCCGCUUGCUUAUCGGUGUGCGACAGCUAUCAUCUUGGAAUCGGGAAGAACAGCAACGUGCUUGCCCGCUGUUGUCGUUACCCGGAUAUCGUAAUCGUGAGGCUGUGGUGUUACAUACGGUCCACGGUUGGAACGCUGGCGUCUCGUUUUACCGUCCGCUGCGCCGGUGCUUGUUCGCUCGACGGGCGGGACCCGACGUGAGAAAGUACGUUAUCUGAAAGAAGAAGGCGUGGAGGAGCUCAGUCGACCGGCGUGUAGUCAGUUCACCGUGGUCGCUUUCAACGCCGUCGUUCCACCAUGGGUCUUGGAGUGAAAAUUGAAGACCGCCGCCUUUCCUGGAAUACGUUCAACACCAAGGCGCCCAUCUACAAACUGGGUGAGCGUGGUGCUGGCCUGAAAAACCGCAGUGGGCGCAUCCAGGACUUCCACCAGCUACGCAAGGAGUGCCUCGCCAAUGGGGUGCUCUUCGAGGAUCCCGAGUUUCCCUGCAAGGGCAGCUCUGUCUGGGGCAACAAGGACCCCAAGUUUCCAGUCGUCUGGCUCCGGCCGCCAGAAAUGUGUAAUAAUCCAAAGCUGUUUGUGGAUGGAGCAUCAAGAUUUGAUGUUGUCCAAGGAAGUGUUGGGAACUGCUGGAUGGUGGCGUCUGCAGCCAACCUGACAUUGAAUGACGAGCUGUUCUACCGUGUGGUUCCUGAUGACCAGUCAUUUCAUGAAGAUUAUGCGGGCAUCUUCCACUUCCGAAUUUGGAAGGCCAACCGAUGGAUUGACGUCGUAAUCGACGACCGGCUGCCCACACUCGAUGGAAGCCUCAUUUUCAUGAAGUCGCGCUCGGGCAAUGAAUUUUGGAGCGCCCUCUUGGAGAAGGCCUAUGCCAAGCUCCAUGGCAGCUAUGAGGCACUCAGCGGAGGCUCUGCCUGUGAAGCCAUGGAGGAUUUCACAGGGGGCCUCACAGAAUCCAUCGACCUCAAAAACCCACCCAAGCAGUUGUUCGUGCUCAUGCUGAAAGCAUACGAGCGCUCUUCACUCAUGAGCUGUUCAAUUCCGGUGGGCUCAAUUCCCGAAGAGAAACUGCCCAGUGGCCUGGUCGCUGGCCAUGCCUACAGUAUCACUGCUGUGCGGCUGGUGUACAUUGAGCGGCUGAGAGGCCGCAUGCCCCUGAUUCGGCUGAGGAAUCCCUGGGGAGAUGACACCGAGUGGAGAGGGGCGUGGAGUGACCAGUCGCGUGAAUGGUCCCUUGUGUCACCCGAGGAGCGAGAAGCUAUUGGCCUCACAUUCGAUGCUGAUGGUGAAUUUUGGAUGUCAGAAAGGGACUUCAUGCGGGAAUUCCACUUCCUGGAAAUCUGCAACUUGGGCCCCGACUCGCUGGACCAGGAGGUACUUUCAGACACGUCAAAAAAGAAGUGGGAGGUGUCGGUCUUUGAAGGAUCCUGGGUCCGAGGAGCCACCGCUGGAGGUUGCCGAAACUAUCUCGAUACCUUCUGGGUGAACCCGCAGUAUUUCAUCACCCUGGAGGAUCCCGACGAUGACGAUGCCGAGCAUAACUGCACCUUGAUAGUGGCGCUCAUGCAGAAGAACAGACGGGCAGCCCGAACUCUGGGGGCAGGACUGUUCCUUACCAUUGGUUUUGCCCUCUACAGGAUCGAUGACCCUGACAACUGCCCGACGCCACUAGACCUGACGUUCUUCAAGUUCCAUCCGUCGGCGGCACGAUCGCACACGUUCAUCAACUCGAGGGAAGUGACCACUCGCUUCAACCUUCCGCCCGGCACCUACUGUGUGGUGCCCUCCACUUUCGAGCCCAACCAGACGGGAGAGUUCCUCUUGCGGAUAUUCACCGAGAAAAGGAACAUCUCCCAUGAACAUGAUGUACCUCCUGCCAUUAUUCCUCCUGCCGAUAACGUUCGUGCGAAAGAAGAGGACCCCAGUUCUGAUCGUGCUCAGCAGUUGCGAGCCCUAUUUGCCAAAAUUGCUGGUGAUGACAUGGAAGUGAACAGCUAUGAACUCCAGAAGAUCCUCAACAUGGUCUUCCGCAAAGCAGUGCGUCGCACGGUGUCAAAGCCGCCACCACCCGAGCAAGAUUGUGAUUGGCGCAAGUUGCUUAAGUGUCUUGACUGCUUUAGCUCACAAUCUCCCCGGGAGAACGGUGACGACGACGAGAUUCGGUCUGAGCAGUUUUCUUUGGAUGUGUGCCGAAGCAUGGUGGCGCUCAUGGACGACGACCAUUCAGGAAAACUUGGGCUGGAUGAGUUCAGAGCUCUCUGGAUCCUAGUUAGGACCUGGAAGAAUGUCUUCACAGCAUUUGACAAAGACGGAUCAGGCUAUUUGAACACGUUCGAGCUGAGGGCUGCCUUGAAUUCCGCCGGAUACCAAGUGAACCAGCAUAUUCUCAAAGCUCUGGUCCUUCGGUACGGCAAUGACGAUGGCAAUAUUGCUUUUGAGGACUUCAUUGGUUGUGCGGUAAAGCUGAGGACCAUGAUAGAGGUGUUCAAGGAGAAAGACACAAGAAAUAUUGGAAGUGCGGUGUUUACAAUUGAUGAGUGGCUGGAGAACACGAUGUAUGCGUAACAUUCUGGAUGCAACCGACACAUUACGAGCCAACAAGCUGCCAACUCCAGAAACUUCCAACAUCUCUUCCGGGUCUUUGCCUCAAUGCAAGCAGGCUUUCUGCAAAAUAUAAGGGUUUAAAAAACUCUCACUCUCUGCCAAUGCGUAGCUUCUGCGAAGUGUCGCUGCUGCCUGUAUUGUGUAUGGAAAAUUACGACUGUACAGUGGCUUAUUUGUGAGGGCCGAUUUUUGUAGCUGUAUGUGAAUGGUGCUAGGUGCUGCUUUGGAACAACUCGCCACUAGUCGUCAUCUUGCUGAGGCAACCAUUUCCGGCCAAGCUGAAAGCCUUGCAUUCUUUCUGUGCGCAUGUCUUUUACCUGUGCUGAAUGUGUCGAUUGCGAUGUCUGUGUGCACAGAUUUGGAUGCACGCGAAACAUUGUUGUCUGCUUUUCUCACAAGAUCUACGACGUUUAUUUGUCGUCUUAGCAUUACGCUGUUGAAUUUCAUCAUAACUAACCUCAAUUGACGAGAUAAUGCAAGUUUGCACAUGCUGGUGUUUCAUACCAGUAGUCUAGAACACAAGACCUGGCCAAGGUGAAAUACGAUAAAAUGCAACAUGCAAUAGCAGCAGUCAUUGUAUUCCAAACUGUUCUUCUGUUGUGUUGAGCACUAAAUGCCUAAACUUAACGAAAUUCACAACUUAUCUCAAAUUUUUCUUUCAUUUGCAUAGCCUUGCAUUAUUGCCAUAUUUCUCUUUAUGGUUUUGAUUAUUGAAUUUUUAGUGGCAAAGUUUCGGCCGCAAGAAGUUAUUGAAAAAUUUUUGGCGAUAUUAUAGGUAUUGAAUUGCAGAAACGUUCAUGUAAUGAAAUAUUUUAUUACAAUGUUUUCAGUUGGAAACACGACUGAAUUAAAUUGAGGCACAGGUGUACUUUGUUUAAUAAGUGAUGUCUUUCAGUUGAUAUCUUUUUAAUAUGCAGCAUUGGCUAAGUUUGCUGCCUCUGUUUUUCUGGUAAUGUGAACGCAGGAAUUUGAAGUUCGUGUCAGAAACUUUUUCUAUUGACUCUUAUGAAGGAGAAUCCUCAUUCUUAUCAUUUGUCUUGUUGCAAUGCAUUCAUGCAAUAGCAGACAAAUUUUGAUGGAUAUGUUUAAGUAUCUUGUCACAUCAUAUUUAUGAAAUACAGAUUUAUUGUGAGGUACAAGCAUAUUUCAUGCAAGUGAUGCUGUUUGUUUUGUCCUUUCAUAAGUUUAAAAAUGGAUUCACAGUGUAAGAUUAUUCUGGCACCCAUGUUACUUGAAGUGAAUCAGUAGCUGGGGAGCUGGUCAAAACCUUGAUAUAUACAUGCAGCACUAUGUGUUGCCAUUAGCACAAUCAUUCAUUAUGAUUAAUUAAAAACCUAGCUAAGGUAGCUAAAAUUGGUUACAGUGUGCUGCUGUAAAGGACUAGCACCAACUUUUAUUCAUGCCUUAAGAUUGAGAAGUUAGAUUUUUGAGACAGUUCAAGUACAUUGAGUGCACCGAACUUUCAUGUCGCUGUGCCCGUUUUUUUUUUUAAUUUUUAUUUUAUUAACCUGCCUGUUUCUUGUUUUGUGGUCUGCCCUGCCUUCUGGGCAGCCAUUUCAAGUUGAAAUUCUCUAGGGAAUUGUUCGUUGAUUGUUGUGUGUUUUCUGGUUUUAGUGUGGUUUAGCAGCACUUUAUUGAUGACCAAUGUAAUAAAACAAUCAAGAGAUACCCACCCGA